AAUCGGAAGUAGAUUGGCGUCAUAGAAGACGAACGAUGGGGAUUUUCCGGUUUUCCUGGUUAAAGUGCCAACACGUGCAUUCUUGUAUUCAUUGUAUUCAACUUGUAUUCAUUAUCCUCGUCUUUCCUUACGGAGUGUACUAAAACGUAAAUCAGUGGAUGUGUGUAUACCUACUUGUCAAUCGGAAUAAAAGUCUAUUUUUAAAGAAGAGCUUCCAAUACUCGGCAGAGAUGAAGAUGAAGAUCAUCCAAACGUUCCUGACAAUUUUUCCUAUAUUAUCAAAGUUAAUUCAAGUCGUCUUAAGUGAGGGAGAAUUGACUCUAAAUUCUACAAAAAGAUUAGCGUCUGGUUUUUAUAAUUACACAGAAAAGAAUGCAGAAGAAUACGGAAACUAUAGUGAGAAGUUUCUGUCCUGCCUGAAAACAUUAAUCGAAUUCGAACAUUUUCAAAUACUAGAAAAUCAAACUGUGUACAUCCCGAACUAUUCAUUUCUUGAUCAUCGAGGACUUUACUCUCCAGAAGAUUAUUAUCUAACUGAGAAUGGUGUAUACGUGUGUUUUCCGCAGAUUUUAUUAAAAGAAUAUUGCUACAUACAAGAAAUUUUACAAAUUUACACCGUUGUUGGUUUCUCGUUGUCUCUCGUUUGUUUAUUUCUACACUUAGUAGCAUUUCUUUUUGUGCCAGAUAUGAGGAAUUUGCCGGGGAAAAAUAUAGCAUCUCUCGCUUUAUCUAUGUUCGUAGCUAAUUUAAUUUUUAUGUUAGGGAGGAUAAUAUUCAAGUCCACUUGGACAUGUUACCCUCUGGGAUUAGCCGGAUAUUAUUUUAUGAUGACGUCUUUCUUCUGGAUAAAUGCAAUAUCCUUCAACGUGUUUCGUUCCUUCAGACAAGCUACAACUAAACUCCGGUUGACGUCGAAACACGAGGAAUUCAAGAAGUUUUUCUUCUAUUCCUUAUAUUCCUGGGGUAUCCCGGCAUUGUUCUUGAUCGUAGUGAUCACAGGAGAAGAAAGUGCAAUAUUCCCCGAAGUUUUAAAACCGGGAUUUAAGUCACGUCUAUGGAUAUGUUGGUUUUCUCGACUAUCGUCCAUGGUUGUCUUCUUUGCAAUUCCCAUAGGUCUGCUAAUAUUUACAAAUAUUUUAUUCUUCGUAUUCAGUGCCCAUAUCAUAUUUUCAAGCUCUAUGAAAAUCGAUAACCAGCACAAUGGAAGGAAGAAAACGCUUGCUUUGUAUGUAAAACUUGCAAUUAUAAUGGGUGUAGGAUGGAUUUUUGGACUGCUCACGUAUUUUAUAUCCUCGUUGGUAAUCCAAUUCAUUAUGAUUACUGUUGUAACGCUUCAGGGUGCCUUUAUUUUUGUGGCAUUCACUAGAUUUAUUAAAAUUAAAACGAUUUUCCUUCAUCGAUAUCAUGAAUUCAGAAAGUCCUUAGCUUCGUUAUCCACGUUUCGUAGUGAAGAAUUGAGAUCCAAUUCCAAUAAAUUCAGAAUUGAUACCAUCAAUUGCAAUCCAUCUAGCAAGAUAAAAUAUUAA